AUGGAAGUUGCAACGACGUUACUCAAAUGGAUGCGUGCACUUUCUCGUGAAGGUUUUCUGACCGUGUCCUUAUACUUUUCAGAAUUACACAAAACAUCGUACUACAUUAAACGAAUCGUACGACCCCAUUAUGUCGCGGUUAUAACUAAUAACAAUGCGAUUAAUCAGUUCUCCUUAGCAAACAAUAAUUUUAAUAUGCCUUAUGCAGUAUGGCUUGUAUUAUUCAUUUACAAGGGAUAUAGUUUCGAUUAUUGUCACAAUCCACCGGGUAAUAUAUUUCAUUUGAAAUUCAACACGGAAAUGUUGGUCCGUUGCGGUGACGAAAAUAUUUUACGUGAAUGGUAUUCGAUCGAUUCUAAUCGAACCGAGAUCGAUGAUUUUGCACAUUGGAGUUUGGAGAAAGGAAUCGUUAAAAUGGUUUCAGAUUCUCUUUACGAUAGAAGAUACAGUUUACAGGGUUUGGUUAUGAGAACUGUUAUAGUUAAGGAUUCACCGUUCAUAAACUUAAAUAAGAAUGGCCAAUUGGACGGCAUGUUCGGUAGAAUAUUAACAGAACUUUGUGUGACAUUAAAUUGUAGUUUCAAAAUUGUUUCCGAAGUAAACGAGCAUGGAAGUUGGAAUGCAAAAAAAAAUACUUGGUCCGGAGCAAUCGGGGAAUUAUACGUCGGACGUGCUGAUAUUUCUAUUUCAGAUUUUUCUAUGACCAGUGCCAGAUUGAAUGUCGUUGACUUCACGUUUCCUCUUUUACUAUCAAAAAAUUUUCUAUACAUUAAAGAACCAAAGAUAUUCGCGAUUAAAUGGUCAUCUUAUUUUUUGACUUUCUCUCAUUCCAUUUGGAUUGCUAUUUUUGGAGUAUUAGUUUUUACAACGGUCCUAUUAAUUUUUCUGAAAAUAAAAAAUGAAACCGAUCGUAAUAUUGGACACUUAUUAUCGGACAAUUUUUUAGAAAUUUGGGGUAUAUUUUGUCAACAGGGACUCCAAGACUUUCCACAAAGAUUAUCGUUAAGAAUAACAUACUUCUCUAUAUUUCUUUUGGCCGUGAUCUUAUCGGCCGCUUAUUCUGCUGCUUUGAUAAGCUUUUUAACGUCCGUUAUCCAUGUCUUACCUUUUCGAUCAUUAGAGAAUUUCGUUGAAGAUGAAUCUUAUCAAUUUAUUGUUAUUCGUGGUACGGCCGACUACGAUAUAUUUGCAAAUUCAGCAGAUCCACUUGCGAAGACAUUAAUGAAGUUAAUGCCAGAAGAGGAAAAGUUACCAAUAACUGUAUUAGAAGGAUUUAGAAGUAUUUGUAAAAAUCGGAAACAAGCGAUCUAUACAUCCGACGAAAUAAAAAAGGUUGUAAAUUUUAAAAUACCAUGUAAUGUCGUUUCUAUUGAAACAGGACGUAUAGACAGUUUAUCUAUUAUUUUAUCUAAACAUAAUCCAUUCAUCGGUAUCAUCAAUUUUCACUUGCAGAAAUUUUUCAACAACGGAAUAAUGAAUCGUUUAAAAGAUGUGACAUUUAAGAAGAAUUUUAACGAUAUGAUGCAGCAGCAACCAGUUCAGAUAGUCAGUAUUAUAUCGCCUAUUUUUCUCAUAUUAAUUGAAAUGGAAAUGACAACGACGAUAUUCAAAUGGACUCGUGCACUUUCUCGCGAUGGUUUUACUACCUCAAAUUUGUACUUUUCUCAAUUGCACGAAUCAUCGUAUUACGUAAAACGAAUCGUACGACCGCAUUACAUCGCAGUUAUAUCUAAUUACGACGCUAUCAAUGAAUUCUCUUUAGCGACAAAUACAUUCGAUAUGUCCUUUGCCGCCUGGUUAGUAUUAUUUAUUUACAAGGGGCGCGGUUUUGAUUAUUGUCACAGUCCGCCAGGUAACAUAUUUCAUUUAAAAUUCAACUCGGAAAUGUUAGUACGUUGUGGCACAGAAAAUAUUUUACGUGAAUGGUAUUCGAUUGAUUCUAAUCGAACCGAGAUCGAUGAUUUAACAAUUUGGAAUUUAGAAAAUGGUAUGACCAAAGUUGUAAAGAAUUCUCUUUACGAUAGAAGAUAUAAUUUGCACGGUUUGACCAUGAGGGCCGUUAUAGUCAAGCACUCGCCGUUCGUAAAUGUUGAUGAGAAUAACGAAUUAGAAGGAACAUUUGGCAAAACAUUAAAAGAACUUUCCGUAACUCUUAAUUUUAGUUUGAAAAUUGUCUCGAGCGUAGACGAGUACGGAAUAUGGAAUUCAAAAAAAAAUACAUGGUCAGGAGCAAUCGGAGAGAUAUAUGCAGGACGAGCUGACAUUUCUAUAUCAGAUUUUUCUAUGACCAGUGCAAGAUUGAACGUCGUAGAUUUUACCUUUCCUCUUAUUUUAACGAAACAUUGUAUUUACAUCAAAGAACCAAAUAAAUUCACGAUCAAAUGGUCAUCCUAUUUUCAAACUUUCUCCUAUACCAUUUGGAUUGCCAUAUUUGGAAUAAUAACUUUUGCAACGAUCGUAUUAAUUUUUCUCAAAAUAAAAAUUGGUACGGAUCAUAACAUUGGACAAUUAUUGUCCGAUAAAUUUCUAAAGAUUUGGGGUAUAUUCUGUCAACAGGGACUGGAAGACUUUCCAGAUAGAUCAUCGUUAAGAAUAGCGUAUUUUUCUAUAUUUCUUUUGGCUGUUGUCUUAUCGGCCGCUUAUUCUGCCGCUUUGAUAAGCUUUUUAACAUCUUCUAUCUCCGUAUUACCCUUUCAUUCGUUAGAAGGCUUAAUCGAAGACGGUACUUAUCAAUUUAUUGUCUUUCGUGGUGGGUCUAAUUAUGAUAUAUUUACACACGCGAGGGAUCCAUUUUCAAAGAAAUUGAUGAAGUUGAUACCGGAAGAAAAUAAAUUGCCAUUAACUAUCAAGGAAGGAUUUGAAAGAGUUUGUGAAAAUCAAAAAAUUGCACUGUACGCGUCAGUUGUAGAAAGGAAAGCUAUUAAAUUUAAAACGUCAUGUAACACGGUUUGUAUUAAUGCAGGACGUAUAGAAUAUUUAGGUAUUAUAUUAUCUAAAAAUAAUCCGUACACUGAAGUCAUCAAUUUUCAUUUGCAGAAAUUCUUUAACAAUGGAAUGAUGAAUCGCUUAAAAGAUAUGAUAUUAAAAAAGGAAUUGAAUUUUAUAUUGAAAUACGAAUCGGUUGGUUUAACUAGCGUUAUAUCGCUCAUUUUUUUCAUUCUAAUUGGUACAAUCACAAGUAUUUGCGUUCUAAUCAUAGAAAAGUAUAUUUUCUAUCGUAAAAGAAAAAAGAUAUCGAUUGUACAUAAUAUAUUAUUGAAAAGAUCGUCAGGAUUUUAUGGAAAAAGGAAGAAAAGUAUAAAAAAUAUUGCAAAAUAUAAGAGAAGUCGUACGUGAAUUAAUCGCAAUAAC